AUGGCUGAAAGGAUGAACAGUAAGUUCGAUAAAUAUUGGGGUAUGUUUGAGAAUUUGAAUAUGCUAUUGGUUAUUGCCGUUGUGUUGGAUCCCAGAUAUAAGAUGAAGUAUGUGAACUUCAUUCUUGGCAAAUCAUAUGAUUUUUUGUCGGGAAGAUUGAAGUCGGAUCUGGUGGUAGGUGUUUUGAAUCACUUAUAUGAUCGCUAUGAUUCGUUGUUGGAAGCUUCUAAUGAUGAUAUUGGGGGUGAUACUAGUACGAUGAGUGAAGCUGGUGAUGCAUGGCAAUCUCAAUGGGAGAAACAUUUGGAAGAAUAG